AUGUAUAUCCGAUGCAGUAAAGCGUAUUUCCGCGCAAUGCAGCUCUUUCCAAGGAAUUCUGCUUUACGAAUUCAAGCGGCUCGAUUUGAAUAUUCAGUCGAACAUAGAAUAGAGUGCGCACGUUGUAUAAUGCAAGAGGGGAUUCGGUUGAAUCCUACAGAAUGCAGUUUAUGGACGAAUUUUGUUCACCUGGAAUUAGAUCAUGUCAAAUGGUUGAUUACUCGAAAGAGUAUAUUAACGGGAAAAGGGUAUCAUUUGCCAUGUACUGAGGAGAAAGAACUGGAAGUGGCAGCUGAAGCGCAGAAAACUCCAGAAAUGAAAGUAAAUAUAAAAGAAAAAAGUGGACAGGAUGCAGUUUUGGGUCUUCGAGUCGUUGAAACAAUCAUUAAAUUUUUCAAUUUAAAUUUUUCAAAUUAA